CUAGAAAUGUAUCAGUUGUCAAGCCAUGCAAAUGCUCACAAUGAUCUGGAAUCAGGUCAGCACAUAAUAUCAGCACACAUUCACAACACAAAGGGCAGAAGACUUCUGUAGAACAGCUGGAAAAAGACUAAUUGUAAAAUUAUUGCUCAAAGAUCUGCUGGAUGUAAGCUGCCAAACAACAGAUGAGUUGUAGGAUUCUAAACCCUCGUCAGCCAGUUGAAAUUAUGGUUCCUUUCACUAAACGGAGGUCUUUGUACAUCACAGCGCUCUUCACAUUUGGCAUCAUCUUUCUUUUUAUGCUCUUCCAAAACGCGGUGAUCUAUACUUUCCUCAAAACAUCAGUUGAUUCCACCCGCGGAGGUCUGUGCGCUUGUGAUAAAUGUGUCACGGAUCUGAACGAUACUGAUUGGUUCUUCAUGCGGUUCAACUCCACGGUUCCAUUUCUGCUGAACAGAAGAAACGGCGUGUUACGGUCAGACGUCUACAGAUGGUGGACGGGUCUACAAACUGAGACCAAUAAGGUUACCUACACGGAUGUGGUGGACACAUUGUUUUCUGUCUUUCCUGAUGAAGAGCACUACUCGGAUGCCGGUCCAGAUCGCUGCAGAACCUGUGCUGUGGUGGGAAACUCUGGGAACCUCCUGAGAUCCCAUUAUGGGCCUCUCAUAGAUCUUCAUGACUUUGUCAUAAGGAUAAACAAGGGUCCAACAGAAGGUUAUGAGAAGGAUGUGGGGUCUAAGACCACUCACCGGAUUCUCUACCCUGAGAGCGCCGUGGAUGUAGACAACUCAACCCACCUGGUUCUUCUGCCCUUUAAGAUCAAAGACAUGCGCUGGCUCAUCAGUGCCUUCACCACUAAACACAUCACACGCACUUACAUUAGAGUGAGACCUACAGUAAACGCUAACAGAGACCAGGUGAUGAUCAUCCAUCCUGAAUUCAUUAAAUAUGUCUAUGAGAGCUGGCUGCAGAAACAUGGCAGAUACCCAUCCACUGGAUUCAUUACACUGAUAUUCGCUCUGCACAUCUGUGAUCAGGUCGAUGUUUUCGGGUUUGGAGCUAAAAGUGACGGGAACUGGCAUCAUUAUUUUGACACAAGCUUGACUCACUUUAGCAGAGGCAGUCAUGGCGGAGACUUUGAAAAUAAGACCAUGAAUGAGCUUCUAUUGUUAAACAAGAUUUCUAUACAUAAAGGGUGGUAAUGAUAAAAUUUUUCUCAUUGUGUCCCUGGCAUAGGCUUUUAAUGAAACCUUUUGAAAAGCCUGCAUUUUCAAAACAAAUUAUUUAUGUGAAUAUUUAUGUAUUAUUUAUUCACCUGUAUUUAACCAAGAAAAAUAAGACAUUAUUUAUAAUAGCAUAUUGUCCUUGUUAAUGGGGAAUGUGGAACAAUUAGAAAUAAUUAAGAUUAAAUUCAACAGAUUAUACUGAGGCAAAGAAAUAAAAAUACAUAAGAUUGAAUAAUGAAUGGUAUGCAAACAAUGCUUUCACAAACAAAACCGUUUUAAAUGUAUACUUUUUAAUAGUAUUAUGUACAGUUAUGCAUUUGUUAAGUUAAAUAUUAAAGUAGAUUUCACAUGAAACCAACUGCAGUCUUAUGAAAUUUCACAAAUUAUCACAUGACUAAAUAUUCUCACAUGACACUUAAAUUAUAUUUCUGUAUUUAUAUGAAAAGGUGAAGUCUUGGUUAUUCACACUGAAGUAAGAGCAUUUAAAAAUGUAUGUGAAUACUAUGAACACACCCCAUGAACAUUAUUUCUUUGUCCCAUACAAGAAACAAUUAAGACAUGUCAUUAUGAUAAUAACUAUUUGUCAGUGCAGAAUUUUUUACCUUGCAUUCUUUUGAAGUAUUAAAUUACACUACAUGUGUUAUCUACUAUGUAUGCGUCCAUGCCUAUUGCAUACAUGAUUUACAUUGCUUUUUUUUUGUCAGGUUGCACCUAAAGGCUUUUUGUUUUGUCACAAAAACUCUUGAACAUAAAAGAUCGAUGACGUGUGCAUCUCUGUAUCAUUGUGACUACCAUAGUAUUCAUGUGUAUUCUGAACCCUGUACCUCAUUGCACAGCAUCUGUGGGUGAUUUAGAACGCCGCCGUAAACAAUGAGUCUACACAUGUAUGCUUUGCUGUAUUCUAUAAUUUGAAUGACUGAAGAAUAGAAAAUGGUCAAGAAGAAAAAAAAAAUCCGGAUUUGCAUAACUGGUGUGCCUGCCUUGGUGAACCUAAAAUGUCUAAAUGUUUUGGC